AUGAAUGAGCCGGGUGCAUUCAAUAUAUCUUCUAUUGAUAAUCAUUCAAUUACUGAAAUCGAACCAACAACAAGCGAAGAUUUGCUGUGUUCGAGCAAUAUUUUACGCUCGGCUAUUCUAAAGCACCGUGGUAUGGAUAUCGCGGAUACUGUUCGAAAGGUUUAUGAAGCAUUGAAAGAGAUUGAUAACAUGGCAAAAGCGACUGUAGUGUGUACACCGUCGGAUCGACUUGUCUUCAAAAUUCAGUCGAAUCGUUUCUGUACAGCCGGUUCUUCAGAACUGACGUGUUUCAUAUCGCUCGUUUGA